CUUUAUAGAUAGCCUCCGUUUAUUUAAAAAGAGCUGCAUGUGGGCGAGGGGGCUGGGUGAUAGGGUGACGUGCUGCAGCUUGUCGACCACAGCUGCCUCGAGGAAGCACAACCCGACCUCGUGCCACGCCUCCAUCGCUGCACUGACGGGGCCCACACGUCAACCUCACUUCUCUUUCUUCUUCCUCGAGUCGCUUUCUCUUCCCCUCUGGUCUCGUCCAUCUUUUUUGGCUCGGUGUUUCUGUCAACGACACGAAAGGAUGGCGGAGCUGGAGGGUCUGGAGUUCGGGAAGUCUGACUUUGUACUUCUGGAUGAGGUGACGAUGGAACAGUUCAUGGAAAACCUGAAGCUGAGGUUCGAGAAAGGCCGCAUCUACACCUACAUCGGAGAGGUGGUGGUCUCUGUGAACCCCUACAGACAGAUGGACAUUUAUGGCAAGGAAACCAUUGAAGCCUAUCGGGGCCGGGAGCUGUACGAAAACCCUCCUCACCUGUAUGCCGUGUCCGACGCUGCCUACAAGGCCAUGAAGAGGCGAGCUAAAGACACCUGCAUCGUAAUCUCAGGAGAAAGUGGAGCUGGAAAGACAGAGGCCAGUAAAUACAUCAUGCAGUAUAUCGCCGCCAUCACAAACCCAGGUCAAAGGGCAGAGGUGGAGAGUGUGAAGAACGUGCUGCUCAAGUCCAACUGCGUGCUGGAGGCCUUUGGGAACGCCAAGACAAACCGCAACGACAACUCCAGCCGCUUCGGCAAGUACAUGGACAUCAACUUCAACUUCAACGGAGACCCCACAGGAGGACACAUCAACAACUACCUGCUGGAGAAGUCAAGGGUGGUCCAUCAGCAAGAGGGGGAGAGGAACUUCCACUCGUUCUACCAGCUGCUGCGUGGUGGUUCUGAGGAGAUGCUGCAGUCGUUGCACCUCCAGGGCGACCCUGCCGUGUACGCUUUCACCAGAGAGGGCGCUGCUGCUGCCACAUCCAACAACGACCGCCAGAACCAUAAAGCGGUGAUGAGCGCGCUGGACGUGAUCGGCUUCUCAAACCAGGAAAUUACCUCCAUUUAUCAGAUCCUGGCCUCCAUUCUGCUCUUGGGUAGCGUUCAAUUUGAGGAGGAGGGAGAAAGUGUCCAGAUUGUUGAAGAUGGGGUCGUGAAUCACAUCGCAGAACUAACCGCCACGGAUCCCGACUGCGUUGUUAAGAGCCUGCUGUACCGCACCGUGGCCACAGGGGGCGGUGAAGUCAUUGAAAAGGGCCACACGGAGCAGGACGCCUGCUUUGGGCGGGAAGCCUUCGCUAAGGCCCUCUAUGAGCGGCUCUUCGGCUGGAUCGUGAGCCGCAUCAACAGCGUCAUCGAGGUUAAAGACUACAACCCAGUGCUGCAUGGGAAAAACACCGUCAUCGGGGUGCUGGAUAUCUACGGCUUUGAGAUCUUUGACAACAACAGUUUUGAACAGUUCUGCAUCAACUACUGCAACGAGAAGCUGCAGCAGCUCUUCAUCGAGCUCAUCCUCCAACAGGAACAGAGCGAAUACCAGAGAGAGGGCAUCACCUGGCAGCACAUCGAUUACUUCAACAACCAGAUCAUCGUUGACCUGGUGGAGCAGCCGCACAAAGGCAUCAUCUCCAUCCUGGACGAGGCGUGUCUCACCGUUGGGAAGGUGACGGACACCGUCUGUCUGGAGAGCAUGAACACCAAACUGGGCCAGCACCCUCACUACACGUCCCGCAAACUCAGUCCCACUGAUAAAACCAUGGACUUCCAGAAGCACUUCCGCAUCCGUCACUAUGCCGGAGACGUCACAUACUCCGUCGAGGGCUUUCUGGACAAAAACAAAGACUUGCUUUUCCAGGAUUUCAAGCGGCUCAUGUACAACAGUGCCAAUCCAGUCCUGAAGGAGAUGUGGCCAGAUGGUCAGCUGGGCAUCACAGAAGUCACCAAGAGACCUUUGACUGCAGCCACACUUUUCAAGAACUCCAUUGUGGCUUUGGUUGAUAAACUAGCCUGCAAGGAGCCGUACUACGUCAGAUGCAUCAAACCCAACGAGAUGAAGUCGCCGGUGCUGUUUGACGACGCCCGCUGCCAGCAUCAGGUGGCCUAUCUGGGACUGCUGGAGAAUGUAAUGGUGCGCAGAGCGGGCUUUGCCUACAGGCAGCUAUACUCUCGCUUCUUGCAGCGGUAUAAAAUGACAUGCGAGUACACCUGGCCAAACCAUCUGAUGGCAUCAGACAGGGACGCCGUGGAGGCCAUCAUCACGCAGCACGGUUUCCAGGACGACGUGGCGUUUGGACACACAAAGCUGUUUGUGAGAACGCCACGCUCCCUCUUCACCCUGGAGCAGGAGAGGGCUGCCCUCAUCCCAAUCCUGGUGCUCUUCCUGCAGAAGAUCUGGCGCGGCGCUCUGGCUCGUCUGAGGUGCAAGCGAAUGCGAGCUAUCUACACCAUCAUGGGAUGCUACAAACGUUACAAGGUGAAGGCUCACUUCUGGGAGGUGGAGAGCCGGUUUGCUAACGUGAGGACGACGGCCGACUACGGGAAGAGCGUGGAGUGGCCGGCACCGCCGGCUGCUCUGACCCAGUUUCAUCAAAUCACGUUGAUGCUGCAUCGCAGGUGGUGGGCGAGACAGGUUGUGAAGAACAUCCCACCGUCGGACAUGCCGGAGGUUCGGGCCAAAGUGGCGGCUCUGACGGCUUUGCAGGGCGAGAGGAAGCACUGGGGGGUCGGCAGAGCCUGGGAGAGAGACUACUUAGCAAAUGCACGAGACAGUCCUCAGACCAGUUCCGACUUCAUCCGAGUGUCCAAGGAGUUGAAGAACAAAGACGGGUUCGCUCAGGUCGUCUUCUCCAGCCUCUGUAGGAAGGUGAACAGGUUCAACAAAAGCACAGACAGAGCUCUCCUCAUCACAGACAAGUUUGUCUACAAGUUGGAGCCCAAGAAGCAGUACAAGAUCCUGAAGAAGCUUCCUCUGGAAUUGUUCACAGGCCUCAGCACCACCAGCGGCGUAGACCAGAUGCUGGUGCUCCACACAUCCAACAAGGAUGACGUCCUGCUGUGUCUGCAGCGAGGAGAGCUCUGCCCUAACCAGGACCGAGUGGGCGAAGUGGUGGGAUCGCUGGUGGACUACUUCACACGGGUCAAGAGGAAGCCUUUCCCCGUGAAGGUUCACCGCUCCGCUCUGCAGCUCCAUAUGAGAGGGAAACCCAAAAGCGUCAGCGUGGAGACCAGACCGGGCCAGACCAUCGCGGACUUCAAGAAGAACCGAGAUGGAUUUGUGCUGCUGCUUCCUGCAAACUAACCCUCAUGGCGUCCACGCGUUCUCGUGCUCAGGGGAUGAGUUAGCGGACAUGUAGUGGGGGUCAGCUUCAGACCUGGACGCUCCUGGGGAGACUCUGGGUUCAUCUGCAAAACUUCUGGUUCAUAAUCUGCUGGCUUUUUUAUGAAGAUACUUUUUAAAGUGAUGACUGAAGCUAAUCGAAAGCACUUUUUUUCUGUCAGGUCCAAAUGUUUCAGGUGUGUUUUGUGUAGAAAGAGGAAAAAGAGAAUAAAUUAUUAAAAGUUUGGGGCAGACGCUGCUCCACAGACAAGAGUUUGGGCUCCUGUGGGUUUGUGUGUGGACUCUUUUCCUAAAUUUACGCUGCGGUGCAUCACCAUUGUGUUGCGUGGAGAGUUUGUCAUGACCAUCAGUUAAUUUACAGAGUCUCUGUUGUGUCUCCGGUCCAUCCCCCACAUGUUGAGUAGCUUUUCCCGUUCUCUUUGCUGAUCCAAAACUUAAGUAAUCAGGCCCCAUGUCCUCUCUUUCCUUGUAAAUUCAUACUUUGUGUCAUAAAGUGUUACAUUUUUCGUCCAUGGUGAAAUUGACGCAGAUGCUAUCUGUGUGUCAACGUGUGUGCACGUCACCUUAAAUAGAUAAUACGGUUUUAUAAAGUUUUAUUUUGAAAGUACAAUGGAAGUUUUAUUUUGAAAUCUAUUUCCUGAUUCACCGGCUUCAUUGACGUGUCAAAGGAGCUAAGCUUGUUUUUAAGCCGCAUUUCCGAGGUCGGUGUGAACGUAGCUUUACAGGCCUGAAUGGAUCCCGAGCGGACUCGGACGCGGGAGCGGCUUCCUGCCUCGUCCCUCUGGUGUCUCUGCAGCCGAUUGGAUGCCUGAUAAACCCGGAGCUUCUCUGCUGAGUGAGGAGCAGAUCCAUCAGUGGAGUUCCUCCAGGAACAAACAGUUAGCGCUCCCCUCGGACUCUAAACAAACAUCAGCGGGUUUCAGUUUUUUCCGUUUUCUUCCAGCUGUGAGUUCAGGUCCAAACAUCUUCUUCCUCCCAGCAGCUCGUGUUCCUCAGCUUCCUCUGUCCUUCACUGUGGUCCCUCAGCUGCUUUCUGAGUUUCAGCUUUCUUGUUGUUCAUUUUUUUUUUUUUCAUUUUCAGACCUGGAGCUUCUGCCAUCCUGGGAUUUUAUGAUUCUGACACUUUAUUUCAAAGCUGCUGCACAAAUCUCCUUCUGUCUAUCAUAAAGUUCUGUGAUGAAGACCACGAUAAGAUCGGAGCUCACAGCUACUGCAGCUGCAUUCAUAACAGAAACAGCAGGCGGAAGCAAAUAAAAUUAUCUGGAAGCAGUGAAUGACGCGGUUCAUUUGUGUUUGUUAGUUGAGCGGACGUCACGACUUAAUGAUGCCCAGCAAACAUGAAGCAACGUGACUGCAGAUCCAGGAGACUCGUCUUCAUCUGUUCCAAAUCCUUCAAC